AUGAAAACUUUAGCGCUAUAUCAUUUUACUGCUAUAAUAUUCAGUCUCUUUAGUAUCACAAAAUUGACGUCAGCCAAUAUUAACAGCUACAGACGUAUACAAAUUUGCAAUGGAAAUGAUGACGUAUGUUACAGUUUUACAAAUCCCAUCGAAGCUCACGUUCUCAAACCUUACGAACAAUGCAAGGCAUUAACAUGGUGUGCCUGGAAAUGUUCCAAUAUCAGUGUCGGUGUUUGUCAGAGUUUCGAUAUUCGAUUCGAUAUUCGAUUGAAAACUUGUGUAUGCAGGCUUUUUUCUUCUGUCAUUAAACAAUAUGCUGUAAACCCGGGAUGUUCGUUGUAUUUUAAUAAUGAUGUCCCGAAACUCUUCAAACUACGUUUCGAAAGAGGAAGCAAACUCAUCGGCCUAUACGUAGACGGGGUAAAAAUCCUACCAACCAAUCCUGGUGAAAUAAAUGUUCCCAUUCCCAUGUCAAGCAGAAUUGUGGCUCUUUCCGUCCAAUUUCCUUCUAGAAAUAGUAUGUUCAUAUGCUGCGAGUGGAGUAGUUUCUCACUCCUGACUGAUACAACUUGGAGAUGUACUAGCGACGGUCUUGGUGAUGAGGACUGGUUCGACCUGAGGUAUGACGAUUCCUCCUGGCCAUUUGCCCUGAAGUACGCAAAAUUUAAUUUGAAAAAUUGUAUAACGGCUGUCGAGAGAGGAGGCAUUGGUCAAGCGAGGACGUCUGUGAAUUUGUACUGUAGGAAAAAGUCCAGACCAAAUUAUGUGCUGAUUAAAACGAACUCGAAGAAAUUGUUUAAUAACAUUUGGCAGGAGUGA